UCUUAUCAUUGAUACUAUUUCAUUUGCCAUAUUAGUAGAGAGCGAUCAUUGAGAUAAUUUUUUUUUUUAGGUCUACUAUCCACCAAAGAUCCAUUUUUUUUUGUCGAGGAGGUAAAAGGAAACCUUUCAACAGGGACUAUUUUUUACCCUGUAGGACAAGACUAUACGCCGAAUUUGGCGGAAGGAUUGGAUCUGUUUGUGCAUCGUGUGAUUGUCUUCAUUAUUCCAUUUUUUUCUUUCCACGACGUUCGACCUUUUUUCUCUUCGGAUUCUGUCUUUAUUUAGAUGGCAAGCUUUCCAGAUUCUGUAAACGAAAAUGAUUUAGGUAAGGCUAAGUUCAUUGGUGAACUCCUAGUCCCUGCUGCUCCCUUUGACCGGAAGUCUGCACAGGAGACAUGGACUGUGGCUUUUGCUCCUGAUGGUUCCUACUUCGCUUGGUCUCAAGGGCAUUGCAUUGUCAAGCUCAUUCCCUGGUCAAAAUGUCUGAAGAACUUCUCUUUAGGCCAAGCAGGAGAGAGUCCAAAUGCUUCAGGUCCACGCCACAUGUCCAAUCAGAUCAAUGAUGGCAGCCAACUUAUUUCAGUGGCCACUGAACCACCUGAACACACCAUAGACUGUGGUGCCAUCGUAUGGGGCCUGGCCUUUGGCUCAUCUGUGCCAGAGAAACAGAGUCGUUGCGUGAACAUUGAGUGGCACCGGUUCAAAUUUGGCCAGGACCAGCUGUUACUUGCAACCGGACUCAACAAUGGUCGCAUCAAGAUCUGGGAUGUUUACACUGGAAGGUUGUUGCUGAAUCUGAUGGAUCAUACUGAUGUAGUGAGAGACCUGAAUUUUGCUCCUGAUGGCAGCCUCAUGCUGGUCUCUGCAUCACGAGAUAAGACCCUCCGUGUGUGGGACCUUAAAGAUGAUGGUAACAUGGUGAAGGUAUUGCGGGGGCACCAACACUGGGUGUACUGCAGCGCCUUCUCCCCCGACUCCUCCAUUUUGUGCUCUGUUGGUGCUGGCAAAGCGGUGUUCCUAUGGAACAUGGAUAAGUAUACAUUGAUUCGGAAGCUGGAAGGGCACCACAAUGAUGUAGUGUCUUGUGAGUUUUCACCAGAUGGGGCGCUGCUGGCUACCGCCUCUUAUGACACUCGAGUUCUUGUAUGGGAUCAUCACAAAGCCACCAUUUUGCUGGAGCUAGGGCACCUCUUCCCCCCUCCAUCACCCAUUUUUGCUGGAGGAUCUAAUGACCGAUGGGUUCGUUAUGUGAGCUUCUGCCCCAACGGUCGCCAUAUUGCCAGUAUUACAGACGACAGGCUGGUGCGUUUCUGGAGCAUUGAGGAAAGAGCUCCUGAGGCCAUCGGUCCUCUUAACGAUGGCCUCUGUUGUGCCUUCUCUGCUGAUGGAAGUGUUCUCGCUGCCGGGACUCGCGAUGGCAGUGUGCAUUUCUACGAGUGUCCUCGUAGCGUUGCCACUCUGCAGCACAUGUGCAGGAUGGCUCUCCGCAGAGUGAUGACCACCCAGCAGGUGGAGGCGCUGCCCAUUCCCAGCCCUCUCUGUGACUUCCUGACCUACAAAGUGAUCUAAGCCACAGACACACCCACACCUACUGCAUACUGGAAAACCAGCACGUCUUCUUUCCAAAAGACAUUUUCAACAGAAGCCUCUUAGGGGGAAAUGUUUGUUUUGUUUUGUUUUUUUUAUCAGAGCUGUGUUCUUACACCACACUGACCAGAACUCUCCUGCUGACACGUGUGUGUGUGUGUGUGUGCGCUAUGUGCUGGUGUUCUGUUAAACCAGUUUUGGUUCACACUUCUCUCUGCUUUUACUCUGACUUAAAUCAGCUGUUGCACUUAGGAGACAUUUGGUAAAAGUGUGUUUUAAGUGGAUGACAAUAAGGGAAGAGAGGCUUUCAAUGUGUGGAUAAAAUUGUUCCCGAGUGGUGACCCUGUAAUCCAAAUAGAGUAUUUACCAAGCAUAGCCUUUCUUUGGUAGUUUUAAUCAGCUUUUAAUGACAUGCUAUUGAGCAAAUGGAAAAUUUUUAAAUGUUAUUUAGGACACAAGAACAUCCUCAGCUUCCCCCCAAAAAUGAAACGCGAUACUCAUCCUAAGGCAUAGGGAAGCUGCUUUUUGUUUUGUGUACUCUUGGCUAAAGUUAACUAUUAAUUACGUUUUGGUAUUUCUAUGAAGCUUUUCCCUUUCAGCUCAAAGUUGCAGUAGUUUUUGGAUUUGUGAUCAAUAUGAGUCUUUCUCCAUAAUGAAAAUGGCGUAUUAUUUAAAGUUCACAUAACAUCACAAAACUAAUCGGUAAUCUUGCAGUAUCAUGACUCCUUAAAAUGUUUGCUGCGUUCAUGUGGUUACAGUAUGAACCAGUGAAACUGUUGAGAAGCGAAGGCUUGGUGUAAUUUGUUAAAUUGCUCUACAAAAAAAAACUAAAACGUGCCACACAUUCUACCAUAGGUAGUGCAGCUCAGCAGUGUGUAAAUGGUUAAUGUCCCCACUUU